AUGACGAAUCCACUCAAAAAAUUUGUGAAUGAUGUACGGAAUAAUGCGGGGAGCCGCAAGAAGACUAAUACAGCUGACUCAAAAGAUUCAUCCCGGAGUGAUGAUGCUCCUAAAGAAGAAGAAAAGAAGCCGGAAGUCGAAGCAAAAGGUCCUCCCAAUCCACCUGAUUCCUCCAAGAUCCAAGGGUCGUCGUUAUAUGGUCUUGUUCUUCCUGAUGAGCAUUCAAAUAAGACUCUGUAUCUUCGUGACGCUUCCGGAGUUGAAAUCCAAGCAGGGCUUCGGAAAAUCCCCCUACCGCCGGCGACAAGAGCUGAGAUUGCACUUCCGAGACGCGGAGACGGAUCAACGAAGCCCAUUUCAGCCGGUGUCCAAUCUGGUCAAACUUCUUCUGCUGGGAAAUCCCCUAAAUUGACGCAAUCAGAUGCUUGCAAAGUUAUAAAACUUCCCCUUCGAUGCGGCAUUUGUGAUAAAGGAAAACGAAUAAAGGAUUUGGAACUAACUGCUGGAUGCCACCAUUGUUUCUGCCAUGAAUGUAUCAAGGUCUAUGCUACCAGUAAGGUCAGGGAUAAAGCUCAGAGGGCAAUUUUUGUCGAUGUGCGUUGCCCAGUAGAAGGGUGCGAGGAAAACUGGCAACCAAAAAUACUGAGGAAUUUUCUUGAUGACGAAGUCAGAAAAAUCUGGGAAAUCAAUCAUGAGUUCUGGAAUUCAGAAGAUGCUCAAGUCGCUGGUUCUGGUGAAUCUUCUAAUGUCUUGUCAGAAAAGGAUGCAGAGGAGAGCAGAAAAGUAGUUGGUGUCCUCCUUCGGUGUGCUACCGAUUUGGACAAAAAGUUUGACGCUAAGAACCCAACAGGGCAUCAAGAUGAUUAUCAGCAAUAUGGCGAUGAAGAAACCCAACGUAAAAUUAAGCUCGCCUUAGAAAGGAAUCGCUUUGGAAGUUCUUCUUCUCAAAGUGGUGGUGGUGCACCUUCUACUCAACGAUCCCCGGAUCAAAAAGAUGAUGAGCAGAAGACUGUUGCAGAGCAAUUGACUGGUGAGCAGAUGAGUGAGUUUGCUGAAGUUUUUAGCAUCGUCGACAAAGACAAGGAUGGUUUCAUCUCCGCAGAGGAACUGAGAACAGUGAUGAGAUCAAUUGGUCAGAAUCCCACUGAAGCUGAACUCCAAGACAUUUUCAAUAAGUUGGAUGCUGAUCAGAAUGGAAAAAUUGAUGAAGCUGAGUUCCUGAAAUGGAUGGAACGAGUCAUGAAGAUUACCCUCAAUGUGGAACAGCUUUUUGUAAGAGAUCUUGAGGAAUUUGAUAAGGAUCAAACUGGCUUCAUUUCCACUGACAAUUUCCGCCGUGUAGUGACCAGCUACCUUGGGGACCAGAUGACUGAUGAAGAUUUUGUUGGUAUGAUGAUUUCAGUUGAUCCAAAAAGUACUGGUCAAAUCAACUAUAAGGAGUAUGUGAAGAAGAUGUUUGGACGCCGGUAA